AUGUUCACCCGCAAGUUGGAGCGAAUGUAUCACCCACCAGCCAAUUUAGAUCGUUACGACAAUGAGGAAUAUAUGAAAAACCCGCUGCUUAAAUUCCAUCUCUCCAAAGUCUAUGAGAGAAGGCAUCACACCUUUCUCAAAUAUCGGGCAGCAGAGGUAAAAAUGAAAUUGGCACGAAAACGAUUACCACCCGAACCGGACAUACGUUAUCUGCCCGAAUCACAUUAUGUUGAUAAUUUACGAAGAUCUGUACGACAAAUAACCGUACCAAAAAUGUUAACACGCACCGAAAAGAAAAUCCUUAGCUAUGCUCCGCUGAGGCUAAAACAAAAAUUACCAAAUCUGGUGAAGCUCUAUAUGAAAGAUGUUCACGAUGAAUUUGAUCGGUUAAUGAAAAUCUAUAGCAUGAAAAAGAUUUUGGUUAAACCCGAGCUACCACAUGAAAAUCCGGCAGAUUUUGAAUUACCAAAGGCCGAUUUUCGUUUUACGUUGCCAGGGAAAACGAAGAACUAUGAAAAAUAUGUUACAAAUCGUAAGAGGAUUGGUCAGAGGCUAUUGAUUUUGAAGCUACCCGUCAGGUUUGUUUUGAAUUCCACGGAAUUAGAAUUUCCCGAAUAUUUGGUGAUAUUUGAACCUCUGCAAAUUACUGUGGGUCAGGCUGCGGCGGUACAAUUGGGCUUGGGUCAAAGGGAAUGUAUAUCCCACAAGGCUCUGCUGAAAUAUUGUCGCACAUCUUUAGAUAAUUAUAAUACCUUUUUGCGAUGGACCUGGUAUCCGAAAGUCAUAAAUACUCUACGCAGAAUGCAUCGGAAACGUGUGGCAACUCCAAAAAUGUGGCCAAUGAUAUUUCUGUGUAUUGAAGGUCUCAUUAAUCGGCAAAUGAAUAAUUUAAAGCAGCGUACCCUCAAUGAACUGCUGAGGAUAUGUUCCGAUGGUCAGACCAUACCCAUGUUGAGGCUCAAUUUAAUUUGCUACGAAGAAGGAGAUGGCAUAGAUAUCAGUCCCAGUUUGGAAGAAAUCCAGGAUACCUAUGUCACCAUUGUGCGUGAAAUUGCCGAAGUGGGUAAUCGCAUGGAACCCAUACAACCACAAAUCGAUCCCAGCACUGUCAAUCAGGCUGCGGAAUAUUUACGCAUCAAUCUAAACGAGAAUUAUCUCAAUGAAUUUGUGGAGAGUCUGAAGAAAACCAUUAGUCGAACCUAUCAACCCAUACAACAGUAUCUACAUAAAUAUCAACGUAAAUAUUAUGGCCUAUAUAGUCAAGCGGUACGCGAGGAUUUGGAUCGUUUUCUGGCAGAGCCUAAGAAAUUUGAAGAAUAUUUCAAGAAAAUUGAUUCCUACUUCGAAUACAUCAACAUGUUGCGCAGUGAGCCGAAGCAGGAUUAUUUCCUGCUGGCCAUAAUUAAUAACGAACAGUGUAUCAAACUUUUACGACAGGUGGCAGAUGGUUUGAUAGCCCGUAUCACUGCGGAAAUUACCAAGGAGCAUAUUAAAACGGAAUUAGCCAUUUGUGCGGAAUUUGAACAUAUCAAAGAGAAGGCAUUGGAAAUACCCAAGACCACAGAAGAACUUUUAGCUAGCUCCGAAUACAUGAUAUAUGUUAAAAAGGAAAAACUUUUCGAAUUACGUGAUCGCAUACAAUAUACCCUGCAAGUGGGUACAAACUUAGUGGAGUUAUGUGAAAUGUCUCCUUACCAUUUCGAUUUGACCAUAAAGACCAUUAAUUGGUUAAAUGACAUCAAUGAAAUAUGUGACUACAAUGCAUCACAACAGGAGAAUUAUAAAUCUCUGUUUGAGGAACAUCUCCAAGAAGUGGUGAAGAAGUUGAAUGAUGACAUCGAAGAAAUGAUUCCAAAAAUGACCAUCAUCAAUGAUAUGAGUGAUCCACAGAAAUUUAAAUCCUAUUAUAUAAUGUUACAGAAUUUUAUCGAUCAGCUGAAAACCUUUGAUGAUUAUGUGGCAUGGAUCAAUAAGGAGGAGAAAUUAUUUAAAAUUCCGCAAACGCAAUAUCCAACAAUGGAUGUACUGAAGACAUUCGUAUAUCCCUUUGCAACGUUAAUGAAAUUAUGCAUUAAUUGGUUGCGUUAUUAUAAUGUGUGGAUGGAUGGGCCGUUUGAAUAUUUGGAACCGAAAUUUGUGGAAUAUACCACCGACAAUUAUCUCAAGGAGUUUCAAAAGAAUCAGAAAUACUAUAGACAGAAGAUCAAACAGGAUCUCAUUGACAAUCCUGUGUGUAAAUUUAAGGGUCAAACGGAAGAUCCCGAUCCAAAUAAUCAUCCAGUCCCAUUGCGUCUGUGUUCUAAAAUGAUACAGUCGAUCAAAGAUUUCACCACCGGAGUGUUUAUUGUCAACAACAUGUGCAAUCCGGCCUUGAGGAAACGUCACUGGAAGGAGAUGUCCGAAAUAGCCGGUUUCGAUAUUACACCCGAUGCUGGAACAACUUUACGAAAAAUUUUAAAUUACAAUUUGGAUUCGAAAUUGGAUCAAUUUGAAAUAAUAAGCAUAAGUGCUAAUAAAGAGCUACAACUGUGGAAUAGUUUGCAGGCCAUGAUACAUGAAUGGGAUACACGGGUGUUCCCCACAGGACCUUAUAAGGAGACAGGAGUGCAGAUACUUUCUAAUUUAGAUGAUAUACAAGCCCUUCUGGAUGAUCAUAUUUUGAAAACUUUGUCCAUGAGAGGAUCAGCCUUUAUGAAGCCAUGUGAAACGGAGGUUUUGGCUUGGUAUGAGAAAAUCAAGAGAGUCAAUGAAACCCUGGAUCAAUGGGGUAAGGUGCAGGCGAACUUUUUAUAUUUGCUGCCGAUAUUUUCGUCCAAGGAUAUUGUGGCUCAAAUGCCAGAGGAGGGAAGGCUUUUUAAUAUUGUGGAACAAACUUUUAGCCGAAAUAUGGCCAUGAUUUUGCGUCAACCCUUGGUUAUGGAAACUGCACCGGCCCCAGGACUAUUGGAGUCCCUUGUGAAGGCUGUGGAGCUGCUGGAUGAUAUUACUAAUGGCGUGAAUAAUUAUUUGGAAAAGAAACGCUUGUAUUUCCCACGCUUCUUCUUUCUCUCCAAUGAUGAAAUGUUGGAAAUUCUAUCCGAGACCAAGGAUCCCUUGAGAGUGCUACCGCAUUUGAGUAAAUGUUUUGAGGGCAUCGAUAGCUUGGAAUUUGAUCAAGAGAAAAAUGUCAUAUCCAUGAUUAGUUCCGAUAAGGAAGUGGUGAAAUUUGUCGAUGAGGUAUCAACGGCAGCCGCAGGUGGCAGUGUGGAGAAAUGGUUACUGGGUGUGGAAGAGGAAAUGUUAAAGGCGGUGCGCCAACAAAUGGCAUGGUCUUAUAAAAAUUAUCCCACAUUGGAGCGAUAUGAAUGGGUCUUAAAUUGGCCACAGAUGGUGGUGUUGUGUGUCUCACAAAUCUAUUGGGCCAGUAAUGUUCAUGGUAGUCUAAGGAAAUCCGCAACAGAUGCUUCGGCCAUGCAGAAUUUCUUCGAAGAGCUGAAUGUGGAUUUGCGGCAAAUUGUGGAUUUGGUGAGGUCGACAAAGAUAAGCAAUUUGAAUCGCAUUACCAUAAAGUCCCUAAUUGUCAUCGAUGUCCAUGCCAAGGAUGUGGUGGAGGAAUUGAUAAGGAUGAAAAUCAACAAUGAAUAUGAUUUCCAGUGGUUGGCCCAGUUACGUUACUAUUGGGAGGAGGAUGAUAGUUGGGUGAGGAUUAUCAAUGCCACUGUGCCCUAUGCCAAUGAAUAUUUGGGUAAUUCAGAUCGUUUGGUCAUCACCCCUUUGACGGAUAGAUGUUAUCGCACGUUGGUGGGUGCAUACCAACUGCAUUUAAAUGGUGCGCCAGAAGGGCCGGCAGGUACGGGUAAAACGGAGACAACCAAAGAUUUGGCCAAAGCAUUGGCGGUACAAUGUAAGGUCUUCAAUUGUUCCGAUGGCUUAGAUUACAAGGCCAUGGGUAAGUUUUUCAAAGGUCUCGCCUCCUGCGGUGCCUGGGCUUGCUUUGAUGAAUUUAAUCGCAUUGAAUUGGAAGUGCUCUCCGUGGUGGCCCAGCAAAUUUUACUAAUCAUUCAAGCAGUGCGGGCCAAGGCAGUGAAAUUUGUUUUUGAAAAUACCGAAUUGACAUUAAAUCCUGCAUGCUAUGUUUGCAUCACCAUGAAUCCCGGCUAUGCGGGACGUUCGGAGUUGCCAGAUAAUUUAAAAGUUCUUUUCCGUUCGGUGGCCAUGAUGGUACCUGAUUAUGCGAUGAUUGGUGAAAUCUCUUUGUAUUCCUAUGGCUUUGUGGAUGCCCGAAAAUUAGCCAUUAAAAUUGUCACAACCUAUCGUCUAUGUUCCGAACAAUUGUCCAUGCAAAAUCAUUACGAUUAUGGUAUGAGGGCAGUGAAGACCGUGCUCUCCGCAUGUGGUAACAUAAAGAAGCAAUUCCCAAAUGAGGUGGAAGAUAUUUUGCUGCUACGCUCCCUUAUCGAUGUAAAUCUACCGAAAUUUAUGUCAUUUGAUAUACCUUUGUUUGAGGGUAUUAUAUCGGAUAUAUUCCCUGGAAUUGAACUACCUUCAAUAGAUUAUAGUCUCAUUGAGGGUGAAUUCUAUAGAUUUUGUGAGGAAAUGGAUUUGGAACCGGCGCAAAGUUUCCUCAUCAAGGUGAUACAGACGUAUGAGAUGAUUAUUGUGAGGCAUGGUUUUAUGUUGGUCGGAGAUCCAAUGGCUGGUAAAAGUAAAACAUUGGAGAUUUUGGCGAAAAUUUUAUCAGCCCUGAAAGAGAAGGCCUCAGAUAAAAGUCCCUAUUAUCAACAUGUUCAAAUGGGUAUUAUGAAUCCCAAGUCAAUUACCAUGAAUCAGUUAUAUGGUUCCUUUGAUCCGGUGUCUUACGAAUGGACAGAUGGUCUGGUGGCCAGAAUUUUUAGGGAAUUUGCAAUGACACCAACACCGGAUAGGAAGUGGGUUGUCUUCGAUGGUCCCGUCGAUGCCGUUUGGAUUGAAAAUAUGAACACCGUUUUGGAUGACAAUAAAAAAUUGUGUCUAACCUCCGGCGAAGUCAUUACCAUGACCAAAGAAAUGUCAAUGAUAUUUGAGGUAAUGGAUUUGUCACAAGCCUCCCCUGCCACGGUAUCACGUUGUGGCAUGAUCUAUAUGGAACCGGCCUCCUUGGGUUGGCGUGCCUUUGCCAACUCGUGGCUAAAACGUGCCGAUAAACGUUGGGCCGAUGAGGAGAAUUCACCAUAUGUCCUAGCAUUGUUUUCAUGGUUAUUGGAACCGUGCCAGGAUUUUAUACGCAAGCAGUGCGUUCAAUAUUUGAAACCCGGUGAAUUUAAUCGCCUGCAGACAACCUUCGAUAUAUUUGAUAUGUGUCUACAUGAGGCCAUUGAAGAAAAUCCCGAUGAUUAUCAAAAAUAUCUGCCCAUGUAUUUCCAGGCUGCCAUAACUUAUGGUAUAGUUUGGGGUAUUGCUGGGAUUUUGGAUAACAGAUCACGCGAGAAAUUUGAUAAGUUUUAUAGAGAGCUAUGGACCAACGAGGAAACCAUACCCGAAGCUAUCGGUAAAUUGGAUAUAUCCAUGCCCUUGGAAGGUCUCUUGGUGGACUAUAUGUAUAUAUUCAAGCAAAGAGGUUCAUGGCGUUCAUGGAAUGAUAUUGCCAAGAGGCUGGAAGUGGAGGAGACCUCACUUGGUGUUCAGGUGCCAACUAUAGAUACGGCACGGUAUAUGCAUUUGCUUAAAAUGCAUAUUGAUCACAAAAAGAAAAUCCUGUUGGUUGGACCCACCGGAACCGGAAAAACUGUGUAUAUACAAAAUUAUCUUAUGAAUAAAUUGGAUGGUGAGGCCUAUGAGACGGCGUUUAUGACAUUCACGGUGAUGAUUUCGGCAAAUCAGACGCAAGACUUACUGAUUUCCAAGUUACAAAAAUGGAAACGUGGUAUUUAUGGUGCCCCUAAAGGCAAACAGACCGUAUUAUUUGUCGACGACUUGAGUAUGCCUAUGAAAGAGGAAUAUGGCGCCCAACCUCCACUAGAGCUGCUGCGACAAUAUUUCGAUUAUGGUCAUGUUUAUGAUUUGAGAGAUAGCACCAAGGUGUUUAUACACAAUUUGAUAUUUGUGAGUGCAUGUGGCCUGCCGGGUGGAAGUCGUCAGGAUGUCUAUGCCCGCUUUCUCAAUCAUUUCAAUAUCUUUUCGAUUGAUACCUUUAGUGAUGAGACGAUGAAUCGGAUUUUUGUUAAUGUCCUUCUGAAUGGUCUAAGAAAAACUGGUCAUGGUAGUGAUGUUUUUGGCAUGGCCAAUGCCAUCGUCUCGGCUACUCAGCAUAUUUAUAAAUUGGUCCAGACCGAAAUGCGGGCCACCCCGGCCAAGAGUCAUUAUAUUUUCAAUUUGCGUGAUAUAGCCCGCGUAGUGACGGGAUGUUCUUUGUUACGCAAAGAGUCCGUGAGUGAUAAGAAGAUGUUUAUACGCCUAUGGUAUCAUGAGGCCAUGAGGAUAUUUUAUGAUCGGCUAAUUGAUGAUGAUGAUCGGCGUUGGAUGUUCCAGAAGUUGAAUGACUGCAUUCGAUUGCAUUUCAAGGAGAAGUUGGAUGUGGCUUUGGAACAAUAUCACACCGAGUUACAGACAGGUGAUCGGAUUUUCACUAUGGAUGGGGCGAAUCUCAUCUUUUUUGGUGUGUACUUUGAUGAAGAUUCGGUGGCGGAUGAGCGGCGCUAUGAAGAGGUGGCCAAUAUUGAGAGUCUGUACAAAUUUGCUUCGAGCAGUUUGGAGGAUUAUAAUUCUACACGAAGAUCCAAAAUGGAUAUCAUACUGUUCACCUUUGCCCUGCAACAUUUGAAUCGGAUUUGUCGUAUUUUAUCUAUCAGCGGGGCCAGUGCCUUGCUAAUAGGCUUGGGAGGUUCGGGACGACAGUCUCUAACCAAAUUAGCCACAAAUAUGGUACAGACAUCAUUUUUCCAACCGGAAAUUACCAAAAAUUAUGGUCCCAAUGAUUGGCAUGAUGAUUUGAAAAGUGUUCUGAAGGAGGCGGGUGGUAUGGAUAAACAUACCGCAUUCUUGAUGACUGAGAAUCAAAUCAAAAUGGAAUUAUUUUUACAAGACAUCGAUUGUCUGCUGAAUCAGGGAGAGGUUCCGAAUAUUUAUGCCAUUGAUGAGAAACAGGAGAUCUUGGAAAUGGUGCGUCUGGCGGCCCAGGGUGGCAAUCGGAAUAUUGAUAUCUCACCUCUACAGGUGUUUUCAUUUUUUGUAAAUCGCUGCAAACGGAAGCUGCACAUAAUUUUGUGCCUCUCCCCUAUUGGGGAUAGUUUGAGAACAAGGGUAAGAUUAUAUCCCUCCCUGGUGAAUUGUUGUACCAUAGAUUGGUAUCAAAGUUGGCCGGAGGAGGCCUUGCAAAUGAUUGCCAAAAUCUCGCUGGAAAAUGUAAGGGUGCCUACGGACAACAUGAAACAGGCCAUUGUGGAGACAUGUCAAUAUUUCCAUACCACGGCGGGUAAGGUGUCACAGAACUUCUGUGAGAUAACCGGAAGGCAUAUUUAUCUCACCAAUGCCUCAUUCCUCGAAUUGAUACAAUCCUUCCAAACCGUCAUGGAACGAAAACAGAAAGAGGUUAUGGAUUCGAAAUUGCGUUAUAUUGGAGGUUUAGAUACCCUGGCCAGUGCAGCGGAAGCCAUUGCGGUAAUGCAAAAAGAACUGAAUGCCUUGCAACCGAAGCUAUUAGAUAUGGCAGAGAAUUCGCGGAAAAUGAUGUUGGAAAUUAACAAGGAGACCAUUGCGGCCCAGGCUGCUGCAGAACAGGUGAAAAAGGAUGAGGUGGUGGCCUCCAUACAGGCUGAAGCGGCCCAGGAUCUGAAAAAUGAAUGUGAAAAAGAUUUGGCCCAGGCCAUUCCCGUGCUCGAAGAAGCUCUACAGGCGUUGAAUACCCUAAAACCCACCGAUAUUACCCUGGUCAAAUCAAUGAAAAAUCCACCCUCGGUUAUCAAAUUGGUUAUGGCUGCUGUAUGUGUCAUUAAGGGUAUACCCUCAGAUCGCAUUGCUGAUCCUGCCACAGGGAAAAUGGUUAACGAUUAUUGGGGCCCCAGUAAACGUAUCCUGGGAGAUUUAAAUUUCCUUCAGUCCCUGAAAGAUUUUGAUAAGGACAAUAUUAAUCCGGAUAUUAUGAAAAAGAUACGCAAAGAUUUUAUACCACACAAGGACUUCAAUCCAAGUAUUGUGGCCAAGGCUUCGAGUGCUGCCAAGGGUCUGUGUCAAUGGAUAAUUGCCAUGGAUUUGUAUGAUCAUGUGGCGAAAAUUGUGGCUCCGAAAAAGGCGAAAUUGGCAGCGGCCGAAAAAGAAUAUGCCGACACCAUGACCUUUUUGAAUGAGAAGCGAGAAUUGACCGCCAUGUUGGAGGCCAAGGUGGCCAAGUUAAAUGAGGACCUGGAAAAGGCCAAUAUGGAAAUGAAAAGGACCCAAGAUGAGGCAGAUCUAUGUCAGGAUAAAUUGACACGGGCAAAAUCCUUAAUUGAUGGGUUGGGUGGUGAGAAGUCGCGAUGGACCAAGGCUGCCGAUGAUUUGCAGAUUUUGUAUGACCAUUUACCGGGAGAUAUUUUACUUUCAUGUGGUAUUAUCGCCUAUCUCUCGGCCAUGAAUUAUAAAUUUCGAACCAAUUGUGUGCAGGACUGGUAUGAAAAGUGUGUGGACAAGGAGAUACCCGUUUCGGAGGGCUACAACAUACUCAAAGCCCUCGGGGUGGAAAUACAAAUACAAAAUUGGAAUAUCAAUGGCCUGCCGAAUGAUAUUUUCUCCACCGAAAAUGCCAUUAUAUCGGCAAAUUCAAGUCGCUACAGUCUUUUCAUUGAUCCUCAGGGUCAGGCAAAUUAUUGGUUGAAAAAUAUGGAACGAAAAAAUCGUCUGAGUUGUGUGAAAUUCAAUCAAGCCAAUUAUAUGAAAAUCAUUGCCGAAGCCAUGGAGUACGGGUAUCCGGUAAUUAUUGAAAAUAUCCUGGAAGAACUGGAGGUCCCAUUGGACCCUAUAUUAUUGAAAAAGACUUUCGUGCAAGGUGGUCAAAAGUAUAUCAGUCUGGGUGAUAACAUCGUCCCCUUGCAUCCGAAUUUUCGGCUCUAUAUGACCUGCAACUUAAGGAAUCCUCACUUUUUACCCGAAACCUUUAAUAAGGUGACGAUCAUAAAUUUUGCUCUGACACAAAAUGCCCUGGAAGAUCAGCUGCUAAGUAUUGUGGUGGCCAAGGAGAGACCAGAUUUACAGGAGCUACGAAUGACCCUAACAGCUGAGGCAGCUAAAAAUAAGUCGGCCCUCAUUGAUGCGGAAAAUAUGAUUUUGAAAACGUUGACCUGUUCGGAGGGGGAUAUUUUGGAAAAUGAGGGAGCCAUACAAAUUCUGGGGGAAUCUCAGACCCUCUCCACCGAUAUUGCGGCGAAGCAGGAAGCCUCCGUCGAAACAACUGCCAAAAUUGAGGCCUUCCGUUUGAACUAUAAGCCAGUGGCAAUACAUUCGUCCAUACUCUAUUAUUCCAUUACCGAUCUUCCCAACAUCGAUCCCAUGUAUCAAUUUUCGUUGAGUUGGUACAUCAAUCUCUAUGUCUAUUCCAUAGAGACCGCAAAUAAAUCCAAAGAUUUACCUCGACGCAUCAAGUUCCUGGUCGAUGCGGUUAGUAAAAAUCUCUACAACACUGUUUGCCGUUCCAUUUUCGAAAAGGAUAAACUGCUGUUCUCCUUUAUAUUGUGUACGCGGAUUCUUCUCGGUAACAAUCAAAUUCAGAUGCGUCACUUAUCACAUCUCCUAACUACGGCCAAGGAAACUGCAGGCAGCCAACAGGCCAACCCUGAUCCGACUUGGAUAAAUGAAAAUAUUUGGUCCAAUGUUCUGCGUUUGGAGGAAUUCCCUGAACUCAAGGGAAUUGUUAGCUCAUUUAGAACAAAUUCCUCUGCCUGGAAGCGAAUUUAUGAUCAUGUCGAGCCGGAAUUACAACCCCUACCGGAUGGUUGGCAAAAUCGCACAACCCGCUUUGAGAAAAUCAUAAUUUUGAAAUGUCUACGGCCGGAUAAGGUAUUCUUGGCCAUUAGGAAUUUCAUUGCCGCAGAAAUUGGUCCACAAUUUGUAACACCUCCGGAUUUUGAUAUUAGCAAAUCCUACAUCGAAUCUACCGCAUUGACACCUUUGAUAUUUAUACUAUCACCGGGAGCAGAUCCUUUGGGAUCGCUGCUCUCCUUUGCCGAAAAAAUGGGUCAUGACGAAAAUUUCCAAAGUAUUUCGUUGGGUCAAGGUCAGGGACCGAUUGCUCAGAAUUUAAUUAAAAAUGCCCAGGAAAUGGGUCACUGGGUGUGCCUGCAGAAUUGUCAUCUGGCUGCAUCAUGGAUGCCCAAAUUGGAAUAUCUAUGGGAGAAUAUGGACACGUUCAAUACGUCACCCUCCUUCCGCCUGUGGCUGACCAGUUACCCUACACCUCAAUUCCCAGUGGCCUUGUUGCAGAAUGGUGUCAAGAUGACAAAUGAACCUCCGACGGGCUUGAAAGAGAACAUUAUGCGUUCUUAUAAUUCGGAGCCAAUAAAUGAUCCUACAUUUUAUACGGGUGUGGGGAAGCAGGAUCGUGCCUUUACACGAUUAUUGUUCGGUAUCUGCUUCUUUCAUGCUGUGGUACAGGAGAGGCGUAAAUAUGGGCCCCUGGGUUGGAAUAUAUCCUAUGGGUUCAAUGAGUCCGAUUUACAGAUAUCGGUGCUACAAUUGAGUAUGCUUCUAAAUCAAUAUGACCAUGUCCCCUAUGAUGCCAUUGGUUACCUAACUGCCGAGUGUAAUUAUGGUGGUCGUGUCACAGAUACCUGGGAUCGUCGUGCCAUUGUCACCAUACUAGCCGACUAUGUUAAUCAUGAAGUUGUAACUGAUAAUCGCUACAAAUUUGCCACCGAUGACAGCUUCACUGUGCCUCGCAAGACAGAACAUCGUGAAAUUUUACGUUAUGUGGAUGAGAAUUUUCCCAGCUUGGCUGCACCGGAAGUUUAUGGUCUGCAUGCCAAUUCGGGCAUUACAAGGGAUUUACAAACCACCAAAACAUUGAUGGAUUCAAUGAUUUUGAUAUUGGGUAGUGAGGUGACCUCAGGUGGUGAAGGUUCACAAAAUGCCGAUCAACAACUAUUGGAAACGGUGAAAGAAAUUGUCACAAAAAUGCCCGCCAAUAUGGAUGUGGAGGGUGCUAAGAAGAAAUACCCGGUGGAUUAUAAUGAAUCUAUGAACACAGUUAUUACCCAGGAAAUGGAGAGGUUUUUGAAGUUGCAAUUGGAAAUUAGAGCAUCCUGCAGGGAUAUUGAGCAAGCGGUUCAUGGAAUAAUAGUUAUGACCCCUGAGCUGGAAGGUGUUAUAAAUUCAAUUAAAUUGAAUCGCAUACCGACCAAAUGGAUGAAGAAAUCAUAUCCAAGUUUAAAGCCCUUGGCUUCGUAUGUACAAGAUUUGUUUAAGCGACUCAAUUGGUUGCAUGAUUGGCACCACAAUAACAAACCCCCCACCUUUUGGAUAUCCGGUUUCUUUUUUACCCAAGCUUUCCUCACGGGGGCAAUGCAAAAUUAUGCCCGCAAAUAUAAAAUACCCAUUGACACACUGACUUUUGAUCAUCAGGUUUUGGAUGAGGAUCAUCGGGAUCAACCCCCGGAUGAUGGUGUCUACAUUAAUGGUCUGUUUUUGGAGGGUGCCCGAUGGAAUUGGCAAGAACGUAUUUUAGAUGAACAGCUGCCAAAGGUCUUAAUCUAUCCCAUGCCGGCGAUUUAUCUCAUCCCCACCACAAUUUAUGACCUCAAGGAGGGUAAUCGUUAUAAAAGUCCCCUCUAUAAGACUGCCGAACGUAAAGGAACUCUAUCGACGACCGGUCAUUCAACGAAUUAUGUUAUACCAGUAUUUUUGAAUACGAAAAUCAAGCCAUCACAUUGGGUAAAACGUAGUGCUGCCCUGAUUUGUCAAACAAGUGAUUAG